AGAGGCGGAACUUUCAGUAACAUAGGUCUGGGGCAGGAUAUGGCGGGAUUUCUGGUUGGAAGGAUAUCCGUAACCGUUCCAUGUUUUGGAUAUUGCUUUGUCGCUUUCUUAGCCAAAAAUUCCAUAUAUAUUCUUUAUGUCUCUGUUUGGUUUUUUCCUUGUUUUUUUAAAUUAUAUUUAUCGCCCGUACUGGAAAUUGGCGUACAUAGCGCAUAGAAUGUAAUAGACCGGAUAUUGCGUUGUAGUUGUCCGGGAUAACGCUACGAUUCAGUCUACAACUACUCAGUCGGAGCGGAAGGAAUCAAGGGAUAUUCAAAUAUACUCUCUGGAAAACAAAAAACUAUCUCAACAUUUUUAAUUAUUGUUUAAAUUUGAUUCAUUUUUACAAUGAUUUAUGAUGUGUAUAUUCUGUUCCGAAUGGUUAUCGUUCCGUGCAUUAAUUGUCAGUAUGUUUUUUAGGAAAAUGCGCAUUGAAUUGAUGAGAGAAACCGAAAACAAGUUUCCAUGUAAAAUAUUAUACAUUUGGUUACAUAUGCCAGAAAUCAUGUUCAAUUGUUUACAACACGGACACACCCCUCUUUGAAUCAUCGUGACGAAAUCAUUGAAAGACCCGUCCCCUCCUUAUUUGAAAAAAAUCUUUGCGUCAAAUAAAAUAUUGUAUCACAACAAGAUGUGGGGUAGACAUGCAUUCAAAUCAACAUAUCAGGAUAGUGAACCCGAGCGAGAAAACUGUGCCUGUGCAAAAUACUUUUAUGCAGGCACAUGUUGGCCAGGUCAGACGGCAGUCCAACUCCGUAUUGUCAAAAAAUAAACAGUGGUGACAUGAAGCGCAAGCCUCGAUGCGGACGCACCAAGGUCACGUUCCCAGUAAUUACGGACGUCAACAUCGCCGACCGAUGUAAUAAUUUUCAUUCUGUGCGCAUUAUCUCUGCAAUAAUCAGCCGCGUGUUCUAUCGGAUUGGAGGAUCCGAACGCGUGGAGCCAAGAUCACUGCAAUAACAAUCCCCCCUUGGUCGCAUCUCAUGCCGUUUUCAUCAUCAAAGCAAUUUCAUUUCAUUUGUAACCAAAGUUAUAAACACAAAGCUUUUUUGAGGAACCAUGCAAACGAACCUUUUACUGUUCAGAAAAUCGGGACGCCAUGCACAACUGCGCACGCUAUCUGAUAUUUUUCCAAUACAUUGGAACAAAAUAUAGUGGUGUAGUGAGGUCUCCCCCACAUCAGCAGCAAAAGAAAGGAGUUCAGAACCAUAUAGAGGAUGCAGUGAGGCGGUUGAAACCAGUCAACCCAGUGUCUCUGUCCGUCUCCAGCAGAACUGAUAGUGGUGUCCACGCCCUCUCUAACUCCGCCCAUCUGGACCUCCAGCGCAGCAAUGAUAAACCGCCGUUUACUGAUGACGUGCUCCUCGAAGCCCUCAACUUCCACCUGCUGUCGGAGGAGAUCAGGGUCACCCGUGCUCAGCGCGUGCCCGCUGACUUCCACGCCCGUUACCGCGCCCAGUCCCGGACCUACGUCUACCGGAUAGCCCUGGGCACCCCCCACCACUCACAGCUCCCCCUGACCGACCACAGCUUGUGCUGGGGUCUCCACAAUACGGAGUUGAACGUGAAGGCCAUGAACGAGGCAGCCUCCCUGCUGGUGGGGACGCACGACUUCAGCAGCUUCAGGGCUGUGAACUCCGAUAUGCCCUUUAAAAGCCCCGUCAAGACCCUGGACCUCGCCAACAUAGCCCCCGGGAACGCAUUUGUGCAGGCCCAUUUCCACAGAGAUAUCCAGUUCUGGGAGCUGACCUUUAAAAGCAAAUCCUUCCUCUAUAAGCAGGUCCGGAGGUUGACGGGAGCCCUGGUGGCGGUGGGCCAGGGACGGCUCUCUGUAGCCCAGCUGAGAGAGCUGCUGGAGGCCCGGGACACUCGGGCCUACCCCCAGGGCACUGUGGCUCCAGCGCGGGGCCUCUUCCUCACCAGGGUGGACUACAACCAAGCAGACCUGCAGUUUCCAGAAGAGGGAGAGGAAAGGGGUCUUUCUCCUAGUGUAAACCCAGAAGACUAAAAGUAAUAAUUCCACUGGCGUUGUUCCAUUGUAUACAUUUACAUUGAGUGUAAUUGCUUUGUUUUACUGUCAUUUGAGAUAAUUGUUAUCUCAAAUGACAGUAAAGUUGUUAUGUUUACUAUAUCUUUACAUGUAUCAGAAGUAGGUCUGUGUAUCCCUGGCAUUGGCAUUAAGAACACGCAGUACAAUGUGAAGUAUCUUGAUACAUCAGAUCAAUAUUAUUAUACUAUGGUUGAGCAAAAUAAUUGUAGGACAGUCUUGGUACAGAACAUUUGUAUUUUAAUUGUAACAUUGUUCAGUACUACAUGGCUGUGGAUGCUUGUGAGAGCAUCCUGAUCCAAGUAGUUGCAGUUGUUGCUACAGAACGCCGAACACCUGUCUGAAGUGGACAUGAGUGAUGUAUGAGUAAGUUGCUCAGGACAUAUACUUUUUGCUUUUUUUAAACAUUUGUCAUAGUACCACUUAUCACAAUUGUAUAAGAUUACAGAUCUAUAUCUGCAUUGAAGACACUUCCAUUGAAGUAAAGUGUACACCCAAGUAUCAAAAAUGAAACACUUGGUUGAGAAUAAAGGCUUUAGACAAGUUUAUUUUCUAUAACCACUUGCCUACAAUUUAAAUUCAUCUCAAGGAAUAUAUUUACACAUUUUAAACAAGUUGUCAAGCAGACCGGUCACAGAUCAGACUAUUAUCGGUGUGCUUCUUGGUGCCGCUGUUAAAGAUGAGGUUUUGUAGGGUAUUUAAGUUAAAUUGACCAUUAUCAAAGCACAUCGUAGGACGCCUUUUGUAUCACUAAUAAAUUGUGUUCCUCUCACUUUGA